UUCCAGGCCGUUGCCUUCCCUCUCACAUCAACCUCAACCUUGAUGGCUCUCCAAGGAAGCACGUGAAGCUGUUGUAGCUAACAACUUUAACUUUCCACACCUGCAUUGGGGUUAGCGUAGAAACGAUCGCCAGGCAAAUCUCUUGCCUUUAACGUCGCAAGCCUGAUUAUAACGAGAAGGACCAUCUCGUAAUCCAUAACCUUCCGGUAACUACUAUCUCUCACCGCUACCUGCAUCCGCAGCGAGGCAACCUCACUGCGUUUCCGAUAUCCCAAGAUUAUUGAACCCAGUGCGUUCGCAAGCAUCGAGGCUUUUCUAUUUUGCCCGUUCUUCCGACGCGUCGCUAUUAGACAUAUUCGAAUUGCUUCGCAAUCAUGCCGCGCAGUUGGACUAUCAUGCGCCUCCGCAUCCUUCCCCUCCUCCUCCUCCUCCUCGUCUUAGCUCUGGCGCACCAAGCACGCGUGGCGCAAGGGCGACUCAUCGUGGUGGGCGUACGCGAUACAGGCGGGUUCCAUCACCCGUGGAACAGCGCCGUGGAUUACCCGCAGUGGGAGAAGCGCACUGUGCUCGUUAUCGGGGACUCUGUUGUGUUUGAGUUUCCCCCAGAAGACGCCGUUUUCUCCUUCCCCUCGCUGGAGGCGUUUUCUGCGUGCACCUACGCAGGCGCGGCGCUGGUGUGCUCGGGCGCGCAGGGUGGCGACCGGCAGUGCACGGUGGCGGUGGGGGAGACUCCGCAAUAUUUCGCGUCCACUCCGCGCAACUGCCGCCUGGGGCAAAAGGUCACCAUUCAGGGCCGUCCCCCACGCCAGGCGCGCUCGCUCCGCCGAGUGCUCGACGAGGCCCCCGCGCCCGUCCCCGCGUUCCCCACCGGCUCCCCCGCGGCCCUCGCCACCGGGGGAAGCAGCGGGGACGGCGUUCCGCCGGCGCUGACCGUGACGAGCCCCAGCGUGAUCGUGACCGUUGGAUACGCGAAGGGCGUGUACUCGUACCCGUGGAAUCCGGCCGUGUCGUGGAGCGCGUGGGCCGCUGGCACAAAGAUCUACUCGGGCGACGUGCUAGCUUUCAAGUACCCCAUGUACGCGGAGGAGGUGGUGCGCUUCCCGUCGUUCGCGGACUACCGCGCGUGCAACUACUCCGCCGCGACCGUCGUGUGCUACGACGUGUGGGGCGCCGGCAGCGCCGGAUGCACCAUCAAGGUCGGCAACGCCACGGCGUUCUACGGCUCGGGGCUAUACGGCCACUGCUACAACGGCCAGAAGUUUGUGCUGCAGCCGAUUCUGAGCCGAUUCACGGCGCGCGCGGUGACGGUGGGCGCGCCGACGCCGUCGUUCCUGUGGCCGUGGAACCCCGAGGUGGACCUGGCGGACUGGAGCAAGAAGAACCCCGUCUACAAGGGCGACACGCUCGUGUUCAAAUACGGCAAGUAUGCGGAUGACGUGUACGUGGUCCCCACGCUUACGGACUACAACAACUGCGAGUACCGGAGCUUUAUUUCAUACUGCAACGGCACGGACGGCACGGGGAACGGGUGUGAGAGCGACCCCGUUACAAGCACCACCUACUUCAUCUCGGGCUUCUUUAGUCACUGCAUGAGCGGCCAACGGGUGAUUGUAACUCCGCUUCCUCCCCCCCUAUAGUGAGCCACUGCCCACAAGUCCCCCAUGAGACCUAGCCAUCCUUGUGUUAGUCAUUGCAGUAGCUCAUACCUAGUAUAUGUUAGGCCCCUGAACCAGACGACGCCAGCUUUUGGCUGGCGCUGCUUAUACUUUCUAGAGCUAACUGGAGAUUUCAUGCUUCUAACAAGUAUUGUUUUGCCCACUGCACAACGGAGGGGUACGGAGUGUGUUGUGCCAUGAGGGCAAUUGGUUGUUUGGUUUGUAAUACACC